AAAAACAAAGAAUAGACAGAUUCAUUCAUUAGAAGAAGAAGACAACACAAUCCAUAUUCUCUUACCCAAUCGUCGUUUCGAUUUUGCAGAUCUCGUCUCCUUGUCGAUUUAUUCGUAGAGAUGGCAAGUUCGAAGGGGUCUCAGAAUCUUAGAAAUCUGGCAUGCACUGGGAAGCAGGCUUUACUUCCUCCGAAAAGUCCGUUUACUGGUGGCCCAACAUUCUGUGCAGAUUUUGCUCCAGCUAGUGUGAUUGGAUCUAAGGCUGUUCAUAAGCUGGGAGAAGGAAAUAUCAAUCAUCAUCGAACUUCGUCUGAGAGCUUUCUGAUUGAGGAACAGCCUUCUUGGCUUGACGACCUUCUCAACGAACCUGAGACACCUGUACGGAAAGGAGGCCAUCGACGGUCAUCAAGUGAUUCAUUUGCAUAUGUAGAUGUCCCUGUUGGUUUUGAUGUUGAUUACACACUUUGGGAUGGUGGUAGAUAUAACAAUAACAGUUUCUCUGGUGGUCCCAAGGAGUCUGAUUACCUCAGAAGUCAGCCAGUCCCCUUCUACCCUUCAGCUCAUUUGCCCAAACAGAAAAUGAGAACAUGGGAUUCUGGUGCUCGCCCAAACAGUAGUAGUUCUGGUUGUUUGGAGAGCACCUCUAUCCCAAGAUCAGGGUCAUCCAGUAGCCUACAUGAAGCAGACAAGGUUUCUUGUGCUUCUGAUGCCAAGAAAGAUGUUUCUAUGCAUUUCAUCAAUAAUUCCGAAAAAAGGGAUAACUCUCUGGCUAAGUCUGCUACUUCCGAGGCAGAUACCAAACGUGCUAGACAGCAGUUUGCUCAACGCUCUCGGGUCCGUAAAAUUCAGUACAUAGCUGAACUGGAAAGGAACGUCCAGAUGUUACAGGUAGAGGGUUCUGAAGUGUCGGCGGAGCUUGAGUUUCUCAAUCAGCAGAAUCUAAUCCUCAGCUUGGAGAACAAAUCUCUUAAGAAUCGGUUGGAAAGCUUAGCACAAGAACAGCUUAUCAAGUACUUAGAACAUGAAGUAUUGGAGAAAGAGAUAGUGAGGCUGAGGGCUUUAUACCAGCUACAACAGCAGCACGAGCCGCAACAGCAACAGCAGCCAAAAAAGCAAGGAUCAUCUAGCCACCAGCGUUCUAAAAGUAGAGAUCUAGAGUCGCAAUUCACGAAUCUGUCCUUGAGGCCCUAAGGUUUCAAAGUUCCUGCCAAAAAUAUUUUUAUGCUUAUGGCUUGCGCUUGAGCUGUCUUCAUGGUUCCAGAUCAGCUUCUUGUGUGUCUUUCCCUAUCGCAUUAGUAGCUGCUCCUGUUUGUGCGCAUGCUUCUUAGUUUAUUUUUAUCCUUGUUGACCUGGUUUGGCAUCUCGAUUACCAAGUGCCAGCGAGAUUGAUGGCAUAAAUGAAGCAAAGGGUUCGCCGGAGGCGGUUUGGUCUGUCUCUGCGCACAUCAGGUAUUAUGUUAAGAUAUUACUACAACUCAUUUGUUCAUGGCAUGUCUGCUCAAUAGACUGCAAUCCUUAUCACAAUACUGGCUUCAUUCUAGGGCUCUAAAAUCUUGGGAUGUACAUUGCCUGUGUCGUGUGUCCGAAGAGAAUGUUCCCAUGUAGAAUGUGUAGUGAUGUAAGCUCUGUCUCAACUGUUUAUUUCUUUCUUUUUUUUUUGUUUGAUGGCGUUGUUUGUUUUGUUCCAUCUGUUUGUGUAACCAAACUAGCAUCAUUUAUUGGAAAUCCUUAAGAAAUAUUUUGAUUGUUA